GCUUAGCUUCCUCUACCUUCGCCCCCCAAUUCAUAGCGAAGAACACCAUAAACCCCAAAGAAACAGUCAAAUUUCAUGGAUUCAUGCCAGCGGGAAAGGACGCACUGAUCUUCCUGCCAAUUCGUAGGCGAUAUUUGUGUCCGUUUCUACUUUAGACGACGUGUUUAUGGAACAGAGGAAUUGAUUUCGACUUCCGUUAGCAAAGGAAAGUUGGAGUCCAGAGCAGCACUGGUGACUUCCCAAUUCCAAUAACUUGCGGCAUUAGUUUAUCUUGUUUCACCUUACUAUCAGAUUUUCAUAAGCUGCUGCAUCAGCAAGCAUGUUACUUUCUAGGCUUUCUCGAGUUGGACUUGGAGCGUCUAGAAUUCUCUCACGAGGAAGAUGCAUACCCUCAUGUAGAACAGUAUCAGUACCAAGGUCUUACGGUCAUUACUUGCAACCUCAGCUUCAAUCACAUCAAGAUAAGCUGUACGAGGCUUUCGUUUUUCAGAGGCAUCAUUACUUUUCCACCGAAGGUUCUAGUGGCGAAUCUUCAAAUGGAAGUCAAGAGAAGCAAUCGAUAUCUGUAACUUUUGUAGACAAGGAUGGGGAGGAAAAACAGAUUAAGGUCCCAGUGGGAAUGUCCAUGUUGGAAGCUGCUCAUGAGCACGAUAUAGAACUAGAAGGAGCAUGUGAAGGCUCGCUUGCCUGUUCGACGUGUCACGUUAUUGUGAUGGAUGUUGACUAUUACAACAAAUUGGAGGACCCAACAGACGAGGAGAACGAUAUGCUGGAUUUGGCCUUUGGGCUAACAGAGACUUCUCGACUGGGUUGUCAAGUGAUUGCAAGUCCUGAGCUUGAUGGGGUGCGACUAGCUAUUCCUGCUGCCACUCGGAAUUUCGCUGUUGAUGGCUUUGUACCAAAACCACACUAGUAACCCCUUGGAUUGGAGAAUAGCUAGAGUGGAAACAUCAUUCCAUUUAUGUCCCAGUUUUGUAGCUAGCAUUGUAGAGCGUUUAGGCUUGAUGAGAAACAUACCUUCUCCAAUGUUAUUAGUGUUGCCGUUUAUAUUGCUGCAUGU